AUGUUGGGGUUGCUAUCAACAAUAUCUGCCCUUUCGGCACUCUUGUUCUCUAGCGCAUCAGCACAGCAGACAAGCUAUGGCAUUGGUGUUCCCAACAAUGUCACCUCCCUCCAGGGCACAUGGUCGACCGGUGCCGGUCACGUUUUGACCGGUAUCGACUUCUAUGACCCAGUGAAAAAUUCGUUCAUCUACCCAGUCACCGCUGGUCAAUCAUACAGUUUCACCGACGACGGCUUUUGGGAACAAGCACUCUACUUGUACAACACCAAUCCUGCCAAACCCAACUGUGUCUCUGCUCAGCUUAUCUGGCAACACGGCACCUACACUCUCAACUCGAACAACACGCUCACUCUCACCCCAUUCAAGGGUGAUGGCAGGCAGCAGGUCUCGGAUCGUUGUGCGGAGAAGAGCAACUACGUUCAGGGCUACGAUCAGCGAGAAUACAUGACCGGCUUUGAGAUCCACUUGGACACUCAUUACAACACUCCUGUCUACUACUUGAAGCUCUACCAAUUCGAUGGUAGUCCCAAACCACUGCUAUAUCAGGUCUUUGAUCCUCCGCAGAUGCUACCCACACAACCAUUGCACGAGGAGGUGAUUGGAGAGUUGAACAGCUCCUAA